GGGCAUAAAAGGCACCUGCCCCAUCCAGGCAGCACCUGGGCUGCUUUGCUCUGCCUUUGGAGGACCUCCUCCUCGUUGACCCAACAGCUGCAGGAGCAAACAGGCCGGACUGGGGCCACGGCUGCUGGGCAGAUUCGUCAGAAAUGGACUCGUACCUGAUCCAGGUGAAGAAGGGGAAGGGCUCCCUCCAGGAUGUCCAUCUCAGCCUCCACGGAAAGAGCCCGUCUUCGGGCCCGGGGAAGGGCCGCAAGCCCCACUGGGCAGUUAGGGCUUCUGAUAUGUCCAAGAGGACCUUCAACCCCAUCCGUGCCAUUGUGGACAGCAUGAAAGUGACCCCAAACCCUCAGAAGCCCCUCAUCUCUCUCUCCAUUGGGGACCCCACCGUGUUUGGCAACCUCCCUUCAGACGAGGAAGUCACGCAGGCUAUGAAGGAUGCCCUGGAGACGGGGAACUACAAUGGCUAUGCUCCUUCUGUAGGGUACCAGUCUUGCCGGGAGGCGGUUGCAAAGUAUUACAGCUGUCCGGAAGCUCCUCUAGAAGCUCAGGACGUCAUUCUGACCAGCGGCUGCAGCCAGGCCAUUGAACUCGCCCUGGCAGUGCUGGCCAACCCCGGGCAGAACAUCUUAGUGCCGCGUCCUGGCUUCUCCCUCUACAAAACCCUGGCUCUGUCAUUGGGCAUCGAGGUGAAAUUCUACAACCUCUUGCCAGAGAAGUCCUGGGAAGCAGAUCUGAAGCAGAUGGAGUCCCUGGUGGAUGACAAGACGGCCUGCCUGAUUGUGAACAAUCCCUCCAACCCCUGUGGCUCCGUGUUCAGCAGAAGCCACCUCCAGAAGAUUGUGGCAGUGGCCUCAAGGCAGUGCGUGCCCAUCUUGGCUGACGAGAUCUAUGCGGAGAUGGUGUUUGCGGACUGCAAAUACGAAGCCCUGGCCAGAGUGAGCCCCAACGUGCCCGUCCUCUCGUGCGGAGGGCUGGCCAAGCGGUGGCUGGUGCCCGGCUGGAGGAUGGGCUGGAUCCUCCUUCAUGACCGCCGAGACAUCUUUGGGAAAGAGAUCCGAGAUGGGCUGCUCAGGCUGAGCCAAAGGAUCCUGGGGCCCUGUACUCUUGUCCAGGGGGCGCUAGGGGGCAUUCUCCGCCGGACAUCCCCCGAGUUCUAUCACAACACCCUCAGCUUCCUCAAGUCCAACGCUGACCUCUGCUACUCUGCCCUGUCUGCUGUGUGUGGCCUGAAGCCUGUCCAGCCCUCAGGGGCCAUGUAUCUCAUGGUGGGGAUUCAGAUGGAGCAUUUCCCAGAGUUUGAGAACGACGUGGAGUUCACAGAGUGCCUGAUUGCUGAGCAGUCUGUCUUCUGCCUGCCUGCUACGUGCUUUGAGUAUCCCGAUUUCUUCCGUGUGGUGCUCACUGUUCCUGCAGAUCUGAUGGCGGAAGCUUGCCGACGCAUCCAGCAGUUUUGUGAGCAGCAUUACCAGGGCGGGGAGGAGCUGGACUGUGACAAGUAGCCAAGGGCGACUCCUCCAGCUGCUACAAGGGGGCUGUGCCAGGCAGCUCCAGAGAGCCCUUCGGGAGGGGCUCCUCCGCUGGCACAGAGCUUGGGUGGAGCCUUCCCGCAGGCGGGCGGCUUGCCAAGAGGGAGGCUCUGCAGGGGUGAGAGGGCUAGCCUGCAAGCUGGAGCCAGGGCAGGGUUAGGGCCUUGCUCCAGCACACAGACAGCAGCACAAAGAGCAGCCCAUUUCUUCUGAGGCCGCUUUGGGUUCCUAAGUUAUUGUUCCUUUUGUAUGAAUAAAUGGCAGGCCUUGUGCUGA